AUGAAUACCAGAACAAAAAACAUAAGAGAGCCUAUGAUACCACAUGAAAUUCCCAAUUUACCUUGGUAUAAAGUUGCGACAGAUUUAUUUGAGAUUAACAAAGAUGUAUAUUUAUUAAUUGUAGAUUACUAUUCCAACUUUUUUGAAAUCUCCAAACUACCGGAUACUCGAAGUCAGACAGUGAUCAGUUACAUGAAAUCUCAUUUUGCAAGAUACGGUAUACCAUUGAUAGUGAUAUCUGAUAAUGGACCUCAGUUUGCAAGUAAAGAAUUUGCAGAAUUUGCAAAGAAAUACCAAUUUAAAGAUAUAACAAGCCGUCCAUACCAUCCACAGUCGAACGGAUUAGCAGAGCGUUCAGUACAAACGGCGAAGAAAUUGUUAAGCUCAAGCAGAUCAGGCUGA